GACCGGAUGUCCCCGUGUUGUUUAUAUCCUGUCCUCCGGAUUCUCACCACUUGUCCUCUGUCUCUGAAGCCGACCAUGAGCGCUUCUCUGCGGGCUCCGUGUCUGCUGCUGCUCGGCCUCCUGCUCUCCGGCUCCUCCGGGUCCUCCCGGGUCCGGGUCCGGGUCCGGAUCCCUCCUCACGACCAGGUGGCCCAGGUGGCCCGCUUCGUGGCUCACCAGUGUGACUGGGGCUCCCUGGCCACCUUGUCUUCGCACCCCCCGCUGCAGGGCCGGCCCUUCUCCAACACCUUCAGCCUCAGCGACGGGCCGCCGGGCUCCGGGACCGGCGUGCCCUACCUGUACCUGACCCGCAUGGAGGUCUCCGUCCAGGACCUGCAGGUAAACACCCGACAACACCCGAUGAUACCCGACAACACCCGGGACUAUAGUACAAGUUUAUCUAGAGUCCCGCAGAGUGCAGACUGUGUUUUACUGCUCAGAACAAACAAACAAACAAACAAACAAACAAACAAACAAACAACACUGC